UAGUCCACACACCCGCCACUGGUGUGGACUAUUGGCAUGUGGAAAAAUACAUUAUCCAGCGGCGGCCACUGUACGCUUGAGUGCAAGAUACGCAAGGAGGUGCUAUUGACACACCACAGGCAAGCUUGCUCUGUCAGUGCUGAUUGUUAGAAGGUGAUUUUACCGCAGCCAUGAACUACGCUCGGUUUUUGACAGCUGUCAGUGCAGCUCGGAAGCCCUCUGCUAUUCGAAUGUUGACUGAGCUCCAGCAGAGGUCACCCCCCUCCAUGAUCUCCUUGGCUGGAGGGGCUCCCAACCCCAACACUUUCCCCUUCCAGGCCUGCUCCAUCCAGGUGAAGAACGGGGAUACGCUCACCUUCGACGAGACCAUGAUGAAGAGGGCUCUGCAGUACUCUGCCUCCAGCGGAAUCCCAGAGCUGUUGACUUGGAUGAAGAACCUGCAGAAGAACCUUCACAACCCUCCUACAGCCAACUACAGUGCUGAGAUGGGCCAGAUGGACAUGUGUGUUACUACAGGGAGCCAGGAGGGCCUCUGCAAGGUGUUUGAAAUGCUUGUAAAUCCCGGAGAUAACGUUCUUCUGGACGCACCCACGUACUCUGGAACUCUCGCUGCACUCCAGCCAUUGGGAUGUAACCUGAUCAAUGUGCCCAGUGAUCAGCACGGUAUGAUCCCGAGUGGCCUGAAGGAGGUGCUGUCCAGCUGGGACCCAGCAGACGUCCACAAGCCACACAGCACCGUACCCAGGGUCCUCUACACAAUCCCCAAUGGAGGAAACCCCACCGGGGCCUCCAUGACCACCCAGAGGAAGAGGGAGGUCUACGAGCUUGCCAGGGAGUAUGACCUCCUCAUUAUUGAGGACGACCCCUAUUACUUCCUACAGUUUGACAAGCCCUGGGCUCCCACGUUUCUCUCCAUGGACGUUGACGGGAGAAUCAUUAGGACAGACUCCUUCUCAAAGAUCCUGUCGUCAGGGCUGAGGAUAGGCUUUGUAACUGGGCCCAAGCCGCUGGUGGACAGAGUGGUACUACACAUCCAGGCUUCUACAAUGCAUACUAGCACCUUCACACAGCUCAUGGUGUCCCAGCUGCUGCAUGGCUGGGGUCAAGAAGGCUUCCUCAACCACAUAGAUGGAGUGAUUGAGUUUUACAGAACACAGAGAGAUGCCAUGCUCUCAUCUGCAGACAAGUGGCUCAAAGAUGUGGCAGAGUGGCACGCCCCAGCUGCAGGCAUGUUCCUGUGGAUCAAGCUGAAUGGCAUCGCAGACACCCAACAGCUGAUCAUGGAGAAGGCUCUGGAGAAAGAGGUGCUGCUUGUCCCUGGAGGUGUAUUCAUGAUCAACAGCUCAGACCCUUGUCCUUAUGUCAGAGCGGCCUUCUCCCUCUCCACACCGCAACAGAUCGAUGAGGCUUUCAAGAGGCUCUCUGCACUCAUCAAGGAAGCGUUGUGAGGAAUACAUCAGGAAUAACAAAUAGAUUAUGAACUAUUUUCAUUGACAGAGAUAAAUCUUUUACAAAUACA